AUGUCCUCUUCCCAGCCGUUCGCGCCCUCGUCGCAGUUCUCCAGCGAGUCCCGCAGCACGACGUCGCGGUUUACGUAUAAACAACUCGCGCAGCUUGCCGCGUCUUCUACAGCAUCCCCUCUCCGAGUGAUUGCACAUGUAGAUCUGGAUGCAUUCUAUGCCCAGUGUGAGAUGGUGCGGAUGGGCGUAGCAGAAGACCAACCUUUGGCUGUCCAGCAAUGGACGGACCUGAUCGCGGUCAAUUAUCCAGCGCGGGAUUUUGGCAUCAGCCGAAUGGUAACCGCCACUGAAGCAAAGAAGCUCUGCCCGAAUUUGAUAUGCCAGCACGUCGCAACCUGGAAGGAAGGAGAAGAGAAAUGGGCUUACCAUGAUGAUGCACCCAAGAAUAUCGCCACCCAAAAAGCCGCCCUCGACCCAUAUCGCCUCGAAUCUCGGAGGAUUUUAGCAUGUAUAAAGGAGACUCUACCAGCAAAUUUGCAGAAAAUUGAGAAAGCUGGAAUGGAUGAGGUCUUCUUGGAUCUAUCCGCCCAUGUGCACUCUAUCAUGCUAGAGCGUUAUCCUGAGUUGGCCGGGCCGGUGCCGCACAAUGAUCCCCAUGAACAAUUGCCACGGCCUCCUACGACGGCCUUGGAUUGGCAAGCUGAUGCUCUCAUUGAUCUAGAUAUUGACGAGACUGAGGAUGAUAAUCCCGACUGGGACGACGUGGCCAUACUGAUUGGCUCCGAGAUUGUCCGGAUGGUUCGCGCCGCAGUCCGCGAGAAGCUCAAAUACACAUGCUCUGGGGGGAUUGCGCAGAAUAAGAUGAUAGCCAAGCUCGGAUCUGCACACAAGAAGCCAAACCAGCAAACCGUCGUUAGAAAUCGAGCUGUACAGCAGUUUCUAUCAGAUUUUAAGUUUACCAAAAUCCGUGGGUUGGGAGGCAAGCUUGGGGAGCAGAUUGCAGCUGCAUUCGGCAUCGCGACCAUCGAGGAACUGCUACUUGUUCCGAUAGAACAACUUCAGCAAAAGCUUGGGGAUGAUAGCGGUACGUGGGUGUACCAGAUCAUACGCGGCAAUGAUUCGAGCGAAGUGAACUCUCGCACUCAAAUCAAGUCUAUGCUGUCUGCAAAGUCCUUUCGUCCUAGUAUCAAUACGGCGGAACAGGCAACACGAUGGCUCCGUAUUUUCGUUUCGGACAUCUACGCUCGAUUGGUUGAGGAAGGGGUCUUAGAGAACAAAAGACGACCAAAAACGAUGAAUCUACACUACCGCCAAGGGGGCCAGACGAGGUCCCGGCAAGGACCCAUUCCGCAAGGACGGAGACUGGAUGAAGCAGGGCUCUUCGCCCUUUCCAAGACCCUCCUGGAUCAGAUUAUUCUAGAGGGUCAAGUGUGGCCAUGUGCACAUCUAAGCUUGUAUGUUGGAGGAUUUGAAGAUGGAAUCGUUGGAAAUAUGAGCAUCGGAUCAUUCUUGGUUAAGGGGGAAGAAGCCAAAACACUGGCCAUGAAUCCCCGAGAAUCAGGCUCGUCCGAGACCCGUCAGGAGAGACCUGGGAAGCGAAGACGCAAUGGGUCGACCACAGGCAUUGGGAGAUUCUUUAAGACGAAUAGCAUCGAUCACCAUCAAGAUGAGCCCAAUGCUCAAUACUUAUCCGGCAUGGACACCACUCCGGCUAAACUUGGGACAGAUUCUUCUGAAGUCGCCGCAAUAGGGUCGAAGUUGUCUCACGAGAGCGAAGGAAGCGAAACUCCUAAGCAGGCAACCAUAUCGGGUCACAUAUUGGGCCUCCAACAGCAGCCCAUCACGGAUUAUGUGUGUGUUCGCUGCAAUAUACCAUUGGAAUCGGCGAUUGCUUUGCAAAGCCACCAAGACUGGCAUUUUGCGAAAGAUCUUGAAGAUGAGGAUCGAGUGCGAACAGUCACCAGACCUAAUGCCACCACUCACGGCAAGAAACCCACAGGAGCCUCAAGCACGAAGAAAAAUGGACGGAGUAACAAGCCGGAGAAAGGCCAAAGCAAACUUACGUUUGGAUGA